CUCCCCCAUCCAGUCCAGAGCUUCACGCGUCCCCGUCGAAAUACCCUCAGACCCGUACUGUAAUUAUCACUCCCUUGUUGUCACCAAGAGAUAAUCACCAAGAGCUGGUCUAGUCGAUGGUGUAAUCGGCCUCAGCUGGAUCUGAGGUUUUCAUGAUUCCUUGCUGAAUCGCAUUUCCACAGGGUGAGUCUAGUGUUUAUCAUGACUCAAACAAACAUGCGCCGCGCAAAUCAACAUGCCCGCAUCAAGCGGGAACCUGGUUCCCAGCAGCCCAUGGCGAACUCGGGCCUCGCCAGGAUUGACGAGGACGAUAACUCGACGGUGGCACACUCGGAAGUUGAGAGACGCAUGCAGCGGUCAGAUGCCCCUAGCGUGGACACCAGACUUGCGCCUGGCGCGUCGGUCAUUGGCGACAUGGACGUCGACGGUGAAGACGAGGAUGAUGAAUGCAUGCUGAUGGAAGUAAAGACCAAGACCGAAGUCGUGGAACAGGACCUUCCUACACCAAGGAGCUUCGUCAACAUGGAUCGGUCGUUUAUCGGCCCCGGCCAGGCACUCAAGGAUUUUGGCCAAGAGCUCAAGGAUAUCAACGAUGCCUUGGGCGAACUCCAAGCAAGGGGCAUUCAACAUGUCGUCAGCCUCCCAGAGCUUGUUCUCGUAGGCGAUCAAUCCUCGGGAAAGUCGAGUUUGAUGUCAGCCAUUGCUGGCCUCAGUCUUCCAAGGAGCAGUGGAACCUGCACAAGAUGCCCAAUCCAUAUCCGCAUUUCACGAGCCGACGAAUGGUCAUGCCGUGUGUUCCUCAAGGAGGACUAUGCCUUUGUCCCGCGCAACCAUCCUAUCACUCUCCAGGAUGUCACCGAUCGAGACAGGUUCCCGCCCUGGGUAAAGUUAGACCCAAGUCGACAGACUCGCAAGGAGUUCAAGACGAUUCGCGACCGCUUCGAUGCCGAGGAAAUCGAGACCCUCCUCCGCUGUGCUCAGGUUGCCAUCCUAAAUCCUAGCACACCUUACCGCUUUUUCGUUCCCCGUCUCAAGAAUGAGAGUGGACAAUCUGACGCCGCUCGCCGCGAGCAUCUGGAUCGGAUCAAGGAGAAGGAGGCCCACGGCGAAGCCCAAUUUUCACCCAACACGGUCGCCCUCGAGGUCAAGGGUCCUGACCUUGCUGACUUGAACUUCUAUGAUCUUCCGGGUGUCUUUAUCACUGCCAAGCGCCCCGAGGAUAGAUUCUUGGAGCGGGUUGUUCGCAACCUCACGUGCGAAUACAUUUCCCGCCAGAAUGCCAUUAUCCUUUGGGCAGUGCCUAUGAACCAGGAUGCCGAGAACAGCUUCGCCUUCAAGCUGAUUCAAGAAAUGAACGCAGAGGAUCGCUGCGUUGGCGUCAUGACCAAGGCGGACCUUUUGCCUAGGGAGACCAACGGCUUUUCCUCUUGGCUCUCGAUGCUGAACGAACAGGCCCAUCGCACAGGUUUGGGCUACUUCAUCACAUCUCGCCAAGGUAGUGACUUGGACGAGCAGAACAAAUUUGAAGAGGCCUUCUUCAACAGGACUGCGGACUCAGCGACUAUGGGCCAAUGGCCAGAGAUUUUCGAGAAAUACCGUGAUAGGUGUGGUAUUGAAAAGUUGAAAGAGUUCUUGUCCAUCACUCUUGGACGGGAAUUCUCCAAGGUUCUCCCCGAGGUCAAGCAAAAGGUGUACAACCGCCUGCUCAGGAUUGAGGAGCAGCUCGAAAAGUACCCCAAUCCCCCGCCGAAUCCUGAGAUGGAAAUCAUGCGCAGCUUGGCGGAAUUCGCGACCAACGUCAAGACCCGUGUGCUUCAGCAAGAGUUCAUGAGCCAGUGGGACUGUCUCUUUGCCGAGCCGUUCAAGAAGAGAAUCCUCGGCUGCAAACCGAAAUUCAAUGUCAAAGAGCCGGACGUGAUUACUAUCGACGAUAACAGCCCGAUGGCCACUCCGGCUCCUCUGGGACAGACUCCCAGAAAGAGGUCCAUGGCACAGGAUAUCGCUAUGACGCCUUCUAAGCGCCGUGGCCAAAUCAAGGUCGAGGAUGGCGACCGCAUGAUCAUGUCUCCGUCGACAUCUGCCACCAUGCGGGGUACUCCAGGUCCCGGAUCCUUUCCCUUCUCUCCCGGACCUGGCGGCGGACCACCUCCUCGCUCCAAGAACCUGAUGGAGCUUCGCACGAUCAUUAGACGGAGCGCCAUACCCGGCCAGCCCGGGCUUGUGUCGGCCUCCGUCUACGAGCCGCUUUACACCGAGGCAGCCAGAACCUGGGGUCCUCACCUCGAGAAUUUUGUGAACCAGACCAUUCAGUUUCUACAUAACGAGGUCAUGAAAAUUCUCGAUAACGCUUUCUCCAACCUUAAGAACCGGGCCGUUUACCGCGAGUCAGUCGAGCACAUGAAAUACUUUAUGGAGAAACAUAAGGAGGAGGUUCGGAACCAAUUGAACCUCAUUUAUAAUCUCGAGACGCAGCGCAUCUUCACGAAAGAUGAAGAUGCGCUUCAACGCAACAAAGCCGCAGAAAAGCGCAUCCUAGAGCGCCACCGCCACUUCCUCCGCAUGGCAGUCCGAACCGGCGAAUCCCCAGCCAUUCGUAAGAUGGAGGAGCUGACGGAGGAGGAGCUGGUUCAGGAGCAAGCCAAGAUGGCCAAGGAGCUCAAAGUCAUUGGGCCCGACCCCUACGAUCAAGAGAUUACGGUCGCCGCCUAUGUGCGCGGCUACUACCUGACGGCAGCCAGCCGUUUCAUUGAUAUUGUCGCCAUUCACAUCAUGUCGGGCCUUUUACCUAGAGUCGCGUCCGUGAUUGAUAUCUACCUGCACGAGAAACUCGGUCUGUACAGCCGCACUUCUGGAUCGGGGCCGGAGAUCUUUAUGAGACUGAUGAGCGAGGGCCCCGAGACGGAGCGCAAGCGCGGAGAGCUGAGGGUCGAGAAGGAAAGGCUGGAUCAGGCGAUGGAGAUUAUCGUCAAUUUGGAGAAUAAGGAGCAGAUGGCUACGGCUACGGCGGCCAAUUCACAGGCGACGCAGAUGAUGAGCCAGGGUGGUCAUGCUGGUCAGAGGCCCGAGUUGAGCAUUAGGACGAAUGCGAAUGGAGGGGUGGCGACGCCGGUGAGUGAGAGGGCGCCGACGCCUAUCGGGACCUAUGAGGCUUGAGAGGGAAGUCCAGAAAGUAUGUGGGCAAAAUGUGCAAAGGAUGGAUCGAUGGAAAAAUAACGGUGUUUGUAACAGAUGGGAAGGAUUUGGUGUUUAUCUUGUUGUUGUCGGAGUUGAGGUGGGAUAUACCUUGCUAUACCUGUUGCUUUGUAUGAGUUUGCUUUGUGGUCUGAAGACCGGUGUGUUAUAAAUGGUCCAUGUUUAUAGACAUGAGAAAGAGAGGAAUGUGUAUCCAGA